AACCGUUUAGUAUCCCCUCUAUAAGCGCACUUCCUAGUGUGUUACACAAUAGCCCAUCACCGCCUACCAAGUGCACUAGGUCUUUGAGACUGAGGGGUUGUGGAUAGAGCAGAGGUGAACGCGGGAAUUGGCGGGUGUGAAGUUUUUAGGGUCUGCUCUCCCUUCCUUGGCUGAGGAGGGGUUUGAUCUGGAUGUCUGACAUGGAUUCCUUUCAGAAAGUGGAGAAGAUCGGAGAGGGGACAUAUGGAGUGGUUUAUAAGGCUAAAAACAAGAUCACGGGUGAAACCGUGGCGUUGAAGAAAAUAAGACUGGACACGGAGACUGAAGGUGUGCCGAGUACCGCCAUCCGAGAAAUCUCCUUGCUGAAGGAACUUAAUCACCCCAACAUUGUCAAGCUUCUGGAUGUCAUCCACACAGAGAAUAAGCUUUAUCUCGUGUUUGAAUUCCUUCAUCAAGACCUUAAGAAAUUUAUGGACUCGUCCUCAGUUACCGGCAUCGCACUUCCCCUGGUCAAGAGCUACCUGUUCCAGCUGCUCCAGGGUUUGUCAUUCUGUCACUCUCACCGGGUUUUACACAGAGACCUGAAACCUCAGAACCUGCUCAUCAACGCGCAAGGGGAAAUUAAACUGGCCGACUUUGGUUUGGCCAGGGCUUUCGGUGUGCCAGUACGCACCUACACACACGAGGUUGUGACUUUGUGGUACAGGGCACCCGAAAUUCUACUGGGCUGUAAAUAUUACUCCACAGCUGUCGACAUCUGGAGUUUGGGCUGCAUUUUUGCCGAAAUGAUCACUCGAAGGGCGCUGUUUCCUGGAGAUUCAGAAAUUGAUCAGCUCUUCCGGAUUUUCCGAACCCUCGGGACUCCCGAUGAGUCUGUGUGGCCCGGAGUGACCUCGAUGCCUGACUACAAGCCUUCUUUUCCCAAGUGGGCACUGCAGGACUUGUCUAAAGUCGUUCCCCCUCUGGAUGACGACGGCAGAGACUUGCUCGCGCAAAUGCUGAGAUACGACCCCAACAAAAGAAUCUCAGCCAAGAACGCCCUGGUCCACCGAUUCUUCCGUGAUGUUACCAUGCCCACACCUACCUUGCGGUUUUGAAAAGACUGGUUUAAACUGUAGAGGGAACGCAAUCCCAAUCGUCAUCUCUUCUUCCUGAGGACUUUCUUCCUCUGACCCAGAGACUGUCACCUAGUAUCUGUCGAUUCUUUGGUGCCUUUUCUAAACCAGAGUUGAACUAAAGUUAAAUUGUUCUGAGGAGGGUUGUAGUUUAUAAGCACAUUGCACUAGGGCUUGUGUAUUUUACAGUUUGUUCUUUCUGGAAGGUGACAU